UCGUCGGGGGUAAAAGCAGCACGAGACGCCCGGGCGAAAGACGUGGCGCAGGAGGUAUAAAUGUGCUGGGACUUCCCUGUCAAGCUCAAUGAGAAGGACGGGUCGAGACGGAUUAGCCAGAAGAUAACAAGAUAACGUUUUUAUUCCAAUAUACUCAUCCUGAAAAUUACACAACACAUCGCUUUCUUCUUUUUGCACUAAGAAAAAAAAUUGCUUGCCGGCGAGUUCAUUUGGGAAACGUCAACAGAAUAAAAAAACAUUCUUUGAAAUAACCGGCUCCAGUAUGUAUUCUCAAACUGCAAUCAGCUACGAAAAGUGCAAGGAAACUGCCGAUUGGCUUCUGGCUCAGACAACACUGCGCCCCCUGGUGGCUGUCGUGUGUGGUUCAGGUCUGGGAGGCCUGGGAGAUAGUCUUAAGGAUGCUGUGGCUUUCAACUACCAAGACAUCCCUAAUUUUCCCCAGAGCACAGUUCAUGGUCAUGCAGGCCGGUUGGUGUUUGGGAAAUUGAAAGGGAGGCCCUGUGUCUGCAUGCAAGGCAGGUUCCACCUCUAUGAAGGAUACCCAAUCCAGAAGAUCACGGCUCCCAUGCGGAUCUUCAAGCUGCUGGGGGUGAAGACAGUGAUCCUGACCAACGCAGCGGGGGGCCUGAAUGAGAAGUACAAGGUGGGGGACGUCAUGAUCAUCAAAGAUCACAUCAACAUGCCAGGUUUCGCGGGAUGCAACCCACUGAUGGGGCCCAACGAUGAAAGGUUUGGCACGCGGUUUCCUUGCAUGUCAGACGCGUACGACCGCGAGCUGCGGCAGCUGGCGAGGCACGUGGGGGAUGAGCUUGGCUUCGGCGACUUCAUGCACGAGGGCGUUUACUGCGUGCUGGGAGGGCCGUCCUUCGAGACCAUCGCCGAGUGCCGCAUGCUGCGCAGACUGGGGGCCGACGCUGUUGGCAUGAGCACGGUGCACGAGGCCAUCGUGGCCCGGCACUGCGGCCUGCGGGUCUUCGCACUGUCGCUCAUCACAAACCAGGCCGUGAUGGACUACGACAGCGAGGAGAAGGCCAACCACCAGGAGGUGCUGCAGACAGGGAAGGUGCGCUCGGAGCAGCUCGCCAGCCUGGUGUCCACAAUGGUAAUGAGCAUGAAGCACGACAGCGGAGACAUGCUGGACGGGAUGUGCGGCCAGUAACUCUGCCUUUUAGUAUAUCGACCAAGAUGCGUCUGUUUUCUAUUUACUAGUUAUGUAUAAAGUGACACUUCAUGAACCAUUUGCUGUAUUUUUGACCCCACUAGAUGGUGCUCAUGGUUUGGGGCAUGGUUUGUGCCCUUUUCUGAAUAGAGAGCACCACCUAGUGGGGUAAAAAAAAACAGCAAAUGGUUCAUGGAGUGUCAUUUUGUCCAUCACUACUAUUGACAUUAUCCGCUUCACAUGUACAUUCACCAGUCAUUGUUUAAUGGGGCUGCAUAGACCCAACUCCCUGGAGAUGCUUUUAAUGCAGUACUGCACUUGAAUUUUGUAACUUGAAUUUUGUCGUCUUAACGGGAUAGAGAUGCUUAACAAAAGUGAUGGACAAAAUGACGUUUCAUGAAGCAUUUGCUCUGUUUUUUGACCCCACUAGAUGGUGCUCUUGCUUUGCUUUGCGGCAUGCUUUGUGCCUUUUUGAACCAAUAUCACCAUCUAGUGGAGUUGAAAAAUACAGCAAAUGGUUCAUGAAGUGUCAUUUUGCCCACCAUUACUUAACACCCUGUCUUCUUAAACUACAUUAUAUAUUUAUUUUUAUUCCAAUGAAAAAAGAAAAAAGUACUACAGUCAGUUUUAAAUAAAAAAAACAAAGAUAAAUUAAUUAUUUAGAAGGUCUUAUUUAGUGUGUACUUUCUGUUUGGUAUUGUUAAAGUCAACUACUAAAUUAUUGUGUUUGUUAUGCUUGUACUCGUACUGUUUUGAUGUUUAUUUAAUGAUUGUAAUGAAUUGUUAUCUGUAGCCGGUGCGGACAAUUGGGGACUUUGAGACCAGUUUUUUAACUUAUAAAUUCCUUAGUUACAGUAAGACUGUACUUAUGGUUUAAAGUUACAUUCAACAAGUAAACAUUGAUUGCAUAUAUCCUGUUAUAACAUGUAAGGGACCAACACUGUACAUGCAAAAUAUCUUCUGUACUUGCAAUAAAGUAAAAUGUAUCACUA